UCUGCUGGUCGUCGGUCGUGCGCUCGUUUGGCGUUCUCCGUGACGUGCGCGGCGCUACUCGUUGUGUGCAUAAUUCGUAGGAGCUGAGAAUCGGGUGCACUCUUCAAAUGGGGUCCUCGACGGCGGUAAAUAAGUGAUGUGCUCCUCUUUGUUGCGUUUGGAGAAAACGACACUUUUAAUUCUGGUAAACUCGAUAAGACGUAGCUUUUGCGAUUUUUUCGUCUGCUCAAUUGUUUUCUCUCGUCGCGGUUUACGUCGCAUUGACCGAUUCGUUAAUCGAAGCAAAUUGAAUUUAUUGUUGCUGUUGGCCCUACCAAAAAAAUAAUCAUUAACAUCUCCAGCCAACAAACCCACACACGUGUUUGCGCAACAUGCCCACUACCUACCGGUUAAUUUUUUGACCCCGUCGGACGUCGUCGUUCGUUACAGUCUGGUCAGAAAAGGCGUAACGUCACGUCUUUCCGAAUUAUUUGUCCGUAUCCUUUUUCACGCAGCUUCCACGGUCCGCCGGAUCCGGUGUGGAAAAACAAUCGAUUUGUUCUGAUCGGUCAAUGUCGUUGUACACGAUAUCAUCCGCCUUUGUUCUCCGGUCAAUUUAGCAGACGUUUCUAUUGUUUAUUAUUGAAAAACACCGUGCGCAUAUGUGGUUUUUCAGCUUGAUUUCUUUUAACACGGCCUAGCAUGCCUUCGCCGAGCAUCGAACACCUUUGCAACGGCGCUACCACGUUUCUGUCGCCGACAUCGGAUCGCGGACUGCUGACAUCGCUCAACAACAGUCUGAGCUUCGUCAAGUUAAAUCGACGGUCCGUGUCGCCCACUUCGCUCAAGCCGUUCAACUGCAGCCGUCGGUAUGCCGAGAUCGGCAAGAGGAGACUGUUUUUUAGGGGUGACGCAUUUCUUGAAUCGUAUAUUGACGGUCUGGCGAGAACUCAGGGGCCUUUGGUGGGUGGUGGAACCACCGAAGAUGAAGAUGUCGAUAGCAACUUGGUUCAAAAUAACAAGAAAAAGUUUCAAGACGAUGGAGAUGAGUAUCCUGACGGACGAGACUUCAAACUCAUUCAUCUAUCACAAGACGAAGACGAUUACGAAUCUAGCAGUGGAUCACUGAGAUCCGGUUCCGGUGAUGCGGCUAGUUGUGAUAUUGGAUUGCUCGAACGUCUCAUCCGGAGUCACCCAAUUUGGUUUCUUCCAGGUAUACAGCGAGCCGGCGCAUUCCAUUUGUUACAGGGCAAAGACGACGGAAAUUUUGUUGUACGACAAUCCAGCCAGACUGGUACAAUGGCAAUUUCUGUUCGACUGCCCAGUGGAAAAGGACCUUACAUAGAGCACUAUCUAAUCCAAGCGACGUCAGAUAACCGAUUGGCUUUGGAAAGUUCGGACAACAAGUUCGAUAGCAUACCUAUGUUAAUUGCUCAUUACGCUCAAUGCUGUGACGAAUUACCCGUACAGCUUAUGUUACCAAAAGCCAUACAAGAAGCUAAGAAUCGACAACAACUCUCUUCUUUAGCUUUACUUGGUCAAGAAUUUUGGCGGUAUCCCAUGGCUAAUUCAGGAUUUUCUUUGUCGAUAGUAAAUUCGCCUAAUGACGAAUCCACUAAAAGAACAUUGAAUACUUCCAUUCCAAGUAGCGCUGCAAAUAGUCAAUCUAGUAGUCUUAGUAGUUUUAGCAGUGGUAACAAUAAUCAAGAAUCUGGUUCCAUAGAAAAUCAAUUAUCAAUUGAAGAACUAUCUACCAGUCCAGCAGAAAGUUCACAGCAGACAAAUGGUGUUAUGACAACUUUUAAAAAUUCUUAUAAAGAUGGAACUGUCUCCUCGUCUGAUAAUUUAACUGGAGUAUUGCUACCAAGUGGAAGAACUCGGCCAACACCUCCAAAUACCCUGAAUUUGAAGUCCUCUAAUACUCCUAAUACUGUAGACAAUAUUUCUUCUCUACAUGUGGCCAAAACUCCUCCACCACCUCCUCCACGUUGGGCUAAACCAGUUACUGGCCAACAAAACUUCACUGUGACUACUACUGUUACAUUUAACUUGCAUAAAGAAACAUCUCCUUCGCCAUUAUCAUUACUACCAUCUGGACCAAUAUCAAAAUCGACUGAUGAUAGUGAAAUUAUGCCUCCAAUCAAAAGCCCACCAGGAUCUGAUAUAAUGUCUCCCAUUUCAGAUACUGGGGGUGUAAUCCGUUCUGGUCGUCGUACCAAAAAAAAUAGAAUCAAGCAAUCUAGACAUUAUAGAGAAAGCGACAUCUUAGAAACCACUAGUGUAUACCAUAGAAGUGCUUUUGCUGACAAAGCUAGUGAUUAUGAAGAUGUAUGGGGUCCAGAUUCAUCGUUAUCAACAUUUAAAACCCCUACAUCAUCUGUUCAUAGUAAUAAUGAUACUUAUAAGAAAUAUGCUCCAAAUAUAGAGACCGACAUGCCACCAGACAUCCUGGAACAAACAGCAAAUGUUCAAAACAAUCCUAAAAAUACAUUGGGAUUGGUUUUACAACAAAGCCAGAAUACUGAUCUCCCAUCAAUAACUGAUAGUAUGACUAGUUUGUUAUCACCAGGAACUCCAGAAAUAAAAUCUCCCUCUCCUGAGGAUGACCUUCCAAAAGCCAAGCAAGGUAGCCCAUUUUAUGCUGAACCUGCUGAUGCUAUUAAACAGGCGGCUUUCUUGAGACGUAAAUCAAAACCAUCAAUAUCAAACAAUCGAAAUAGACAUUCAGAGCCAAGUUUCCUCCAUCAAUGGCCUGUAUUGGUUGGUUGUAGUCAAUUGCCUCGUAUUGAUUCUAAAGAAGAGUUAUUAUCCCCUAAUGGAAAUUAUUCAACCAACCAAGCAUUUUCAUCAUCUGUAGAUAAUAUACCAUUACUAAGGAAUUCUAAAAGAGAACAAUUAAAAACUGGUAAACCUGUGGACACACCAAAAAUUGGUGGCCCACCUAAACGUGGUCAGGAUGGACCAUGGGCUGUAGAUUCUAGCUGGGAAUUUAUAGGAAAGGAUAAUGAAAUAUCUGCUACUACACCUUUAGAUAAUGAUCAAACAACUUCUGCUGAUCAAAUACCAAGUGAUAUUCCAAGAGAAAUUUCUGGAUCCAAAGGACCUACUAUUCAAGAAAUUAUAUUACAGAGGUUACCUCAUUUGAGCUUGUAUAUCAAAGAACCUAGUUCCCUUUCAUGUAAUUAUGGAAAUAAUCCAUCUCAAAAUUACUUAUCUACUGAUAAUAUCAACAAUAAUUCACUGAACUUAAGUGGCUUUAGUAAUCUUUCCUUAUUAUCUCAAAAUAGUGAUGAUGAUGCAAAAACUGAAUUUUCUGAGCCCUGGGAUAGUUCUAGAUGGGAAAAUUUAUUACCUGCUUCUUCAAAUAAAGAACAAAGUACCAACAAUAUCAAACAAUUAGUUAAUCGCAACAAAAGUUUCUCAGAACGUUUGGAUCCUCUCUUAGCUGCUCCUCGAAUCCAAGCUCUUGCGAAAAGCCGUUUAAUGGCCCAAACUGGUACUGGCUCUUCAACUAGAGAAUAUGCCUUACAGUUGGCUGCUGAUAAAUCUACAGUGUUUGCUCAGUCUAUUGAUAACUUUAUAUGUUGUACAGUUGAAUCUAAAGAAACUAAUCCAUCUGUCGUUAUGAGGAAUGUUCGACAAUUUAUGUCUGGCAUGAAGAAUUACUUAUUAAAACAUGGAGAAAAAGAGUUUCAAAAAGUAGUUGAGAAAGAAAGAAGUCAGUUGAAACCUACCGAAUUUUUAAAUCUCGAUGUUAUAUUAGAAGGUGUAUUGAAUCGAUUAGUGCUUAAAGAACUUCGGCAACAUUUAUAUAGUUUAUUAGUAGAUGAGUAUGUGAAUAAUGGUUCUAUACCAUCAAUGGUAGAAAAUAUUCAUUUUGCCAAGUCAAAAACUUUGCAAGACUUUGCUGUUAGAGAAAAUUUAAACCCACCCUGUGAAAGUGAUCUACAAAAAAUUUCUGAAUGUUUUAAACGUUUACAAAAUGCUUUCCUACCAUUAGAAAAACUAGAACACCUUUUAUCAGCCAUGGCUCUUAUAUUUAAUGCUAUAAAAAUACAAAAUAGAAAUGCAGAUACUAUCUUAGGUGCUGAUGAUUUCCUACCUUUACUAGUGUGGGUACUAGUCCAAUGCAAUGUACUAACAGCGGAAUUGGAAGCUGAGUACAUGUGGGGCCUAUUACACCCAUCAUUAAUUCCUGGAGAAGGAGGAUAUUAUCUUACUGCAUUAUGCGGGGCAGUACAUGUUUUAAAAAGUUACAAAUCAUCAAUGGAAGCUGGGACUACCAAUGGCAUUAAAACAUCAGGCUCUGAUAAUACAAUAAUUUAUGAUCCAUUAAGUGAACUAAAGUCAGUACUUAAAGUUGUUGUACCUGAUGAAACUAAUGGUUCUCUUUUGACUAAAACACUACCAGUAAGACCUCAUAUGACCACACGAGAUGUGUGUAAAAUCAUAGCUCAUAAACUACGUAUAACUAAUCCACAAGACUACUCCUUAUUCAAAUUGGUUAAUGGACAAGAGUUUUUAUUGUCAGAAACUGAUUGUCCUCAAGACAUAAAAAGCAUGAACACAGCAAGUGGAACCCAUUGUUUGUUUGCAUACAAGCGUAUUGAUGCUAAAAUAGCUUGGCCACAUUCACCUUCAUCAUAAAAUUUAACUAUUUAGAAUUAUAUUUUAGUGAUUUCAAUUUUCAAAAUUACUUUUUAUUAAAGUUUUUUGUAUUUUAUUUAAAAUACAUAUAUUAUUACAUACAUAUAUUCAUAAAAUAUUGUAUACAAAAGAAUUGUGAUUUGAUCCCUAACCCUAAUGUAAAAAAAUCUUGCAUAGACUUUAUAAUCCUAAAAACUAGUCAUAAAAUUAGUUUGUAAAACAGCAUAAUUUCAAAAAAUGUAUAUAUAUAUAUAUAUAUAAUAAUGUAGAGUGUAAUCUUAUUAAUAUUUAUUAUUUUAGCUACGAUAAUUAUAUUAUAUAUUUAUACAUAUAAAUGUAUCAUAAUAUUUUUUUAUAAUUUGGACGUUAUGUUUGUUUUCAUGUUGUCAACAAUUUUUUUUAUUACUUAAAUAUUUAUAAUUUUUUUAAGGUAAUCUAUUAUGUGUAUAACUUAUACUAAAAAUCUAUAAUAUUGGGCUAAUGACUGAUAAACCCAUUUACAUGUAAAAAUAAAUACUUGUGAAAGCAGUACAUAAAUGAAUUUUCAUGUAUUGUCAUACUUUGUCAUUUUGUUCUUUUUUGUACUUUUAAUAAACAGUAACUAAAAUAUA